CCUUGGAAGACGUUUGGCGUUAUAAAUAGCACGUCUUCAAAUGCGAUUUACUCUAAGGAUGGUAAAUUCGCUAUCGCCCCAGCAUUAGAAGAAGUUGCUUUGUGGGAUUUAAAAAAAGGAAUUUUGAAACGAAAAUGGUUCGACAUUAAUAAUAAAGCAGAAGUAACUGCUAUAACAAAAAAUCCAAAAAAUGACGAUUAUGCUGUUGGGCAGGUAUUUUGUAAUAUUUUUCAAAAUAUUGUCUGUAUAAAAGGCAAAAAAAUAUUAAUUACUAUCGCAUUUUUUAGUUAUGCUGAUGGAUCAAUUCGAAUAUGGAACAUUGAAAAAACAACCUUUUCCCUUGUUUUCAAUGGUCAUCGAGGUGCUGUGACAGCUUUGACAUUCGAUAAAUAUGGUGUAAGAUUAGCUUCAGGAUCAAAAGACACUGAUAUAAUUAUAUGGGAUGUAGUCGGUGAAAUGGGACUCUAUCGAAUGCGAGGUCAUAAAGAUCAAAUUACUGCAAUUCGAUUUCUCUGUAAACCAUUGUCGGGUGGUGUUAUCUCUGAAAACACGACUUCUCAAGAAUACCUUCUUUCAUCUUCAAAAGAUACUCUUCUCAAAUUGUGGGAUCUAAGUACUCAACAUUGCAUGGAGACAGUAGUUGCUCAUCGUAGUGAAAUAUGGGAUUUUGAUGUUUCAAAGGAUGAAACUUUAAUUGUGACUGGAAGUGCAGAUCCAGAAAUAAAAUUAUGGACAAUUGAUCAUGAUGUAUUAGCUCAAGGACUUGAAUCUGAAAGUACUUUGAAAGACGAAAGUACUGAGAUAAAAAAAGCAAUCAAUCUCUAUGGAAAUAUAAAAAAAGAAUGCAAAGAACGUGUUAUAACUCUCAAAUUUCACCCAACUGCCAAUAUAUUGGGUGUUCAAGGUCCUGAGAAAUAUUUAGAAAUUUUUCGGAUUUAUUCAUAUGAAGAGAUAAAAAAGAAAUUGGUUCGUCGUAAGAAACGUCAGAAAGAAAAGAAGCAAAAAGUUGAUGAUUCUAAUAUGGAUAUUGAUAAUGACUUGAUGGAAGUUAGUGCUAGUGACAUGAUAACACCUUAUCGAAUGGUUCGAGCUGGCGCAAAGAUACGGUCUUUUGAUUUUUCGACAAAAAAUGAUAGUGCUAAAUCUGGCUCGAUAGAAAUUCUUGUGUCUUUGACAAAUAACACGCUUGAACUUUAUACAAUGGGUCUUCCCAUGAAGAAAAAAGAAAAAUUUCAAGAAACAGCUGAACCAUCAAGGCUGUAUUCUGUUGACCUUCCUGGUCAUCGUAGUGAUAUCAGAACUUUAGCGCUAAGCUCGGACGAUGAGUUAUUAUGUUCCGCAUCAAAGAGCAAUCUUAAGAUUUGGAAUAUUAAAACAACUUCAUGUAUUCGAACAAUUGAUUGUGGAUACGCGUUAUGCAGUUCAUUCUUACCAGGAGAUCGAAAUGUCAUAAUUGGUACAAAAUCCGGAGAUUUGGAACUUUUUGAGCUCGCUUCUUCAUCUCAAACAGAAUCAAUUAAAGCGCAUGAUGGUCCAAUAUGGUCUUUACAAGUUCGGCCAGAUAAACGUGGAUUAGUGACAGGUAGUGCAGACUCCAAUAUAAAAUUUUGGGACUUUGAAAUGUCACAAGAUGACGAUACAAAUGAAAAUCAGACGGGACCUCGUCGUUUAACUUUAAUUCAUACGCGUACACUAAAAAUGAACGAUGACAUUUUGUGUGUACGAUAUAGUCCUAAUCAGAAAUUGGUUGCCGUAGCAUUAUUAGACGCGACUGUUAAAUUACCCGUGUUAACAAUGGAUAUAUCUUCAGAUAAUAAAUUAUUAGUCACCGGUUCUGCUGAUAAAAAUAUUAAAAUAUGGGGUCUUGAUUUUGGAGAUUGUCACAAGUCAAUAUUCGCUCAUCAAGAUAGUAUUACGUGUGUUCAAUUUGUUCAGGGUACACAUUAUAUUUUCUCAGCAGGCAAAGACAAAUUGGUGAAAUAUUGGGAUGCUGACAAGUUUGAAAAUAUUACAAAACUUGAAGGACAUCACGGUGAAGUAUGGGCAUUGACAAUAAGUAGACGAGGUGAUUUGCUUGUUUCUGGCUCCCAUGAUAGAUCUAUUAGAGCAUGGGAACAAACUGAUGAGGAGCUUUUCUUAGAAGAAGAGCGAGAGAAAGAGUUGGAAGAACUAUAUGAUUCGACCUUGACAACCUCAAUGGAAAAGGCGACGCUCGAAGACAAUGCCGAAUCAACUUCUGCUGGAAAACAAACCAUGGAAACACUCAAGGCUGGAGAACGUAUCAUGGAAUCGUUAGAUAUUGCUGACGAAAAUACUGCAGCUUGGGAAACCUAUAAUCAGCUUAAAGAGCGAGGACAAGAUCCUGGGCCACCACCUAAGCCCAAUCCUAUUCUGGCUGCACUUGGCAAUUUAACUGGGGAUCAAUAUGUUCUCAGAACUAUUGAAAAAAUAAGAUCUUCAGAAUUAGAGGAGGCAUUAUUGGUUUUACCAUUUAAUAAAGUGAUUUCUUUAUUCCAAUAUUUGGAUUUGUGGGCUAAAAAGGAAUGGAAUGUGGUAUUGACGUGUCGAAUAACAUUUCAUCUUCUUAAAGUUCAUCAUGAUCAAAUAGUAGCAAAUCGACUUAUUAAACCAAGGUUAAAUUCUUUAAAGACACAUAUACGAGCCGCGUUAAAGCGACAUAAGGAUUUAUUGGGAUAUAACUUGGCUGCACUUAAAUAUAUUAAACGAGAUUGGGAAAGCAAUAACACAGCGGAGUUCUUUGAUGAUAUACCUAAGAAUGAAGAAAUGAAUUCUGGGUCAUUAACAAAACGAAAAUUUAUAAACUUGACGGUAUAA